AUGGAGACAACUACCAGUUGCAAGACCCCCUAUGCCAGAGUGACUCCUAGGAAGCGUACAUACCUGCAAAAACCAGAACCUCAGGUGCGGAAAAAGCGCUCAUCUCAGCCACGUCUGAGAACUACCUUGGCAGGGCUUUUCAACAACCUACGAGAAAGAAUAUAUUCCCCACAAGACAAUUCUGCAUCAGAGUGCCAGAUUUUAUGUAAAGCUAAGAAUUAUAUCCAGGAACUGGAGCAAACCUUGGAUAACUUGCUGAGGAUGAAAGAGGUCUUAAAUCUGGAGGAUGGGAACCCAUCAAACAUGGAAGAAGUAAAGGAGGAAUAUGUCAAGACGUACUUCAGCAAUCACAGUCUAGAGCCCACUUCAAGUAACACCACGGUGUGGUAUGUGAUACAGGAAAAGGAGAAAAACUCAGCAGAAGGAGAAAUAAAUCUAAGACUUACCCAGUCUCCAGUUACCUCUUCUCCUGACCUUAUGGAGUUUGAACGAUACUUGUAUUUUUACGAAAAGACAGUAGACCUGCUGGUAGAUAAUGGGGUUGUGAGCCCUGAAGAGAUGACGCUCCCCGUGGUCUCCACAGCUGUCUCCCACCUGUGGCAGGAUCUCCCUGAGGAAAGGAGGGACAGUGCCUUGCAGUACUGUAGUCAGAGGCAGAAGACAGCCUCCCAGGAACCUGCCUGGACCCAGAGCAGCAGCGCAAGGGACAGCGGAAUGAAUAGCCAGGAAGCCAAUGUGUCAGUAGGAUCCACGCCAGAAGAGAUCCUCUUUGAAGAUGCAUUUGAUGUGGCCACCAGCUUCCUUGACAGAAACAAAACUCAAGAAAUAUCCAGUCAAAGCUCAGCUUUCACAGGCUGCUCUUCAGAAAGUCAGGAUAACCAUCGCCUCUACCUGCAGAUCACCAGCUUCUUGAAAAGCCUGUUUUUUGCCAGCACACAGCCACCUCAGGAAGAGGUUUUCCAGUUGGAUUAUGAAACUGUGAUGCUGAGAUGCACAGAAACAUUUGAUGAUGAAGAUUUGUGAAUGAACCUCUGUCUAUUAAUUAUGAAAAAUGUAAUUUUUUUCUCAAUGGUCUCUCACUCCCUCACCCAGGAAUGCCAUAGGAGGACAAGGGAGAUGUUUGCACCCAUUUGUAUUGGAUGCAUCAUGUUUGGAAUAGUUUUGUUUAUAUUGACUUCAUAGUUUUUUGCCAGUUCAGUUAUUUGUACUUUUUACAUGCAUUGGAAUUUGAUAUUUAUAAACUUUUAAAGCUUUUAAAAUCAUACAUCUCAUGUUUGGUGCUAACAACUGUAAAGCUGUACAUUUUGGGAAGAAGUUGAGUUUGAAGGGUCACGCCAGGAUUCUCUAUGUAACAAUGUCAUUGUGGAGCCUGCCAUGUAGUACAUACAUAAUUUUCCUAUAGAAUUCUGGUGAACGUUUUUAAAAGCUAGAUAUGUCAUCCAAAUAAAAAAAAUAAUUCUAUGCUCGGCUGUUAACAGAUCCCCCAGCUCUUUUCCUAACCCAUUGAAAGAAAUG